AUGGCACUCUGGGUUGAUUAUUAUAGACCAAAAUAUUUUUCUGAUUUAGAUUAUCAUAAAGAAAAAUCUCUUAAACUAAAAACUCUGAUUGAUUCUGGAGAUUUCCCACAUCUCUUAUUUCAUGGCCCAUCUGGUGCAGGGAAAAAAACACGUAUAUCUUGUUUACUAAGGGAAAUCUAUGGGUUAAACGUUGAUAAAUUAAAAUUAGAACAGUUCUCAUUUACUACACCUUCCAAUAAAAAAUUAGAAAUUGAUACAUUGUCUAGUAAUUAUCAUAUUGAAUGCAAUCCUAGUGAGGUUGGAAUUUACGAUAGAAUUGUUAUUCAAGAGCUAAUUAAAUCAACUGCUCAAACACAGCAAUUAGAUUUAGGAAAACAAAAAUCAUUCAAAGUAAUAGUUUUAUCAGAAGUUAAUAAAUGCACUAAAGAUGCACAAUAUGCUUUACGAAGGACUAUGGAAAAAUAUAUAACAACAUGUAGAAUGAUAUUGUGUACUAACUCACUAAGUAAAAUUACACCUGCAAUUAAGAGCCGGUGCUUAUGUAUUAGAAUUUCAUCACCUACCAUAAAUGAAAUAAAAGAUAUUCUUUAUAAAAUAGCACAAAAUGAAAAUAUUGAAAUACCAGAUGAAUUUGCUAUAUCACUGGCAAAAAAAUCUAAUGGCAAUCUAAGGAAAUGUAUACUUACUUUACAGGCUUGUAAAGUCCAAAAGUAUCCAUUUAAAAGUGCUCAACAUAUUGAAUCUUUAGAUUGGGAAAUUUAUAUUGAAGAGACUGCAACUUUGAUAUUAAGUGAACAAACCCCUAAGAGAUUGCUAGAAGUAAGGGAUAGACUUUAUGAAUUACUUGUUCAUUGCAUACCUUCAGAAAUAAUAAUUAGGGAAUUGUUAAAGCAUUUAAUUUUGAGCUGUGAUGAUUUAACAAAAGAAGAAACAAUCAAAUGGGCUGCUUUUUAUGAACAUCGAUUGCAAAAAGGAAAUAAAGCUAUAUUUCAUUUGGAAGCAUUUGUUGCAAAGUUUAUGAGUUAUUAUAAAAAAUUUAUAGAGUCUUCAUUUUUUGCUUAA